AUGCCUCGUCGGACAGGUAGAUCUUCACCUACGGCAGCUCGUCGCCCUUCAGCUGCACCUAGUCCAGCACCUCAACCAGCUAAUCGUGCUUCUCCUCCUGCCGUUGCUCAGAGCAGUGGUGGCGGCUCAUUGCUUGGAGGGAUUGGCUCCACCAUCGCUCAGGGGAUGGCUUUUGGCACUGGGAGUGCAGUGGCCCACAGGGCUGUAGAUGCUGUGAUGGGACCUCGUACCAUUCAACAUGAAACUGUUGGUGCUGAGGCUGCUGUCCCAGCAGCCACUGCAAGCAGCAUGUCUGCAGAUGGUUGCGGUGUUCAUUCCAAGGCUUUCCAGGAUUGCCUGAACAGCUCUGGCAGUGAGAUCAGCAAGUGCCAGUUCUACAUGGAUAUGUUGGCCGAGUGCAGAAGGAACUCUGGUUCUGGGUUGAGCGCCUAA